AAUUAGGGUUAAACAAAAACCCUAGUGGGUCGCCAAUGGAUAGACGAGAAGAAGAGGCGGAAGAUAAAGAAAUAAGUAUACAAUCUAAAGAAGAUGAGAGUUGUAGAAAGUUUCUCGUGAUGAUUCCUCUUGAUCUGAUUCAUGAGAUACUCUUGAGACUUCCUGCUAAAUCCGUUGCAAAGUUCCGUUGCGUAUCAAAGCUAUGGUCAUCCAUAACCACUCGCCCAGAUUUCAUCAGGUCGUUCGUGAGUCAGUCUUCAACUCGGUUGUGUCUUUUCGUCUGCGUGAACACAAGGGACGAGCGUCUUUCCUGCUCAAUCCCUCAACAUGAAAAUUCGGACAGAUCAUCUUAUCCUCAUGUGGAGCGUUAUCGGAAAAAUGCUCCAAAAUUUGAUUAUCACCAACGGUACUCCGAAUCGGUCCAUGGCUUGAUAGGUUUGGGAGAUUUUUGUGGGAAUAUUGUAGUUUGGAAUCCAACCAUGAGACAACAUGUUACCUUACCGAAACCCGAACCAAGAGUCCCAUGUGUAUGUAGCUGUUUAGGAUACGAUCCGGUUGAGGGCAAGUAUAAAGUCUUGUGCAUCUCAGGUUAUAGAUACCAAGAUCCUCUUGUUUUUACUUUGGGACCUCAAGAAUCAUGGAGAGUGGCCCAAAAUAGCCCUAAACAUGUCCCUCGAUGCACCUGGGUACUAAUAAGUAAAUGCAUCAACGGGAAUUUGUAUUAUGAAGCGAGUAUACCUUUUGGAGUCAAUGAUAGUUUUGAAGUUGAAAAAGUCCUUAUGAGCUUCGAUGUGAGGUACGAAAAGUUCAACACAAUAAAAAAACCAGCUGAUGAUUUACUUUGCGAAUUUUUCCUCGACUACGAAGGAAAAUUAGCAUGGGUUUGCGCCGACGUCUCUUGUAUAAGAUUUUGGGUUUUGGAGGAUGAAGAGAAACAAGAAUGGUCGCUUAGAAAAUUUCUUCUCCCUAUUCCAAAAUUUCCUCUACGUGACACGAUCUGGGAAGUUUCUUGGGAGCUGAGAGGUAUUACUCACGAUACUGGUGAGUUUAUUUUUACAGAUGAAACAACAUCUGAAGCAAUUUAUGUCUUAUAUUAUGAUCCAAAAAGAAACCGCGUAAGGAGGGUCAAAUAUGAAGGUAUUGGAGGGGAAGAAUUCUGGAAGCUUAAUGAUCAUUACAAUGUAAGAGAGGUCCGUUUGUUUCCUAAUCACAGUGAGAGUCUAAUGUCUUUGGAGGACGUUCUCUCUUAGCAUAUGAUAUUUCUUCCUCACAUUCAGAAUGAAUAUUAUUACUUCAUGUUUUUUAGUUACGUCGUGAUCAUGUUGCUAUAAUUUCAUUGGUUCAUUUUCUUUCAGUCUACUAAUUUAUAUAUGAUACUCUUGUUGCAAAAACCAAACCAGUUUAAGUGCAAAGAUAAAGAAU